AACUCUGGCGACACCUGCAAACUCCUAACGAACUCUCUGUCCUCGGCGCAAAAACAUGGAUAAUGCUGAAAAAAACCAACUCAUUCGGAAUAAAAACUGCAAUAAAAAGUAUGUUUAUUAGUCGCACCUACGCAGAGCAGAAACCAGCGGCCGAAACACCUUCCAGACUGUAGGAGCGAGCGAGCGGAGGGAGGAGAGCGCAGCAGGUCUUUGGUGGAUGGAGAGAAAAUGGAGGUGAACCAAAGGGAGGUGCCUUUAUAUGGACAAGUGGAGGCUCAUGUACGAUUAUCAACCAGAGUUUCUGAACAUGCAGAUUUCUACGUUGUUGUACAAGGCUCUGGACUUACACAUGUGACUACGGCAAAAAGAGCCGAUGACGGAUCGACUCUUUGCUUCACAGUUCCAGGCCACAACCUUGAGGAAGUUGUUUCUGUCACAUCCUACUUUCACCUUCAGAACAAAGUCAAACCAUGUGAGGGGGAAGCAUCUCUUGAGUACAUCAGGGAUGUUGCCCAGGAAGCAGCAGAGUGCCUAAGGGAAAACAGGGAUCAGCUUGACCCCCAGAGCUACCAAGAGAUCCUGAAGAAGUCUCCUAUUUGUGCACAGGGAGCUGAUGAUGAACAGUUAGGCCGCAUUGAGCAGGAGGUGCAGCUCAGUCAAAGUUCAGCUGAUCUUAGGCUGCUGGAUGAGAAGAUCACACAUGCUCUGGCUAACAUGGAUUACCCUCAGCAGUGGAAAAUCGACAAUCAGUCUGAAGAAGGUACCCAACCUCACCCCAAAGAAACCCUUCUUCACCUUGCGGUGCGUUUAGGUUUGGUCCACCUCACCCGAUUCUUAAUUCACCAACCAAGAGGUCAAAGGGCAUUAACCUUACCCAAUCAGGACGGAGACACACCUCUCCAGCUGGCUGAAAACUCUCCAGAUCUUCCACUUAGCCCUCUUCCUGGUGUGUGGUGCCUGUGGUCCGACAGCUCCUACAUGCUGAGAUUUUGCCCUGGGAUGGACUCUCUAACCCUCUCUGUGAGGCAGGCCUCAGGAAGCUGCCCUCAGGAGAGCAUCAUGGUCCUGCGAGAAAGACUAGGAGACUAUGGUGUUCUUAAAAUGAUUAAUGUGCUCAGAGCAGAUACUGAAGUGGGCAAGAGAGACAGAGAUGAAGGCCAAGGCGUCAGCAAGGAGCGGCACGUGGAAGAGCAUGUGCUCGUGGACAGUGUUUUUGAAGAACAGCUGGUUCUGUCUUUAGAUGAUGAUGAUGAAGAAGAAGAGUACUCAUCCUCAUUAAAUGGGCAUCGCAUGCCAUCCACUGAAGUCCAGAGCAGUUUACUCAGCAAGCCGCCCCCUUUGCUCUCUGUGAUCAACAGCAGCAGUCAGACCAUCACACAGGCACGUGAUGCUGACAUUAAGUACAGUGUCGGUGGAGUGACUGGGGACAGCACAGGGACAGAUGGCAGUUUAUGGAUACCAUCAACUCAGAGGAAAUUCUUUUAGGCCACUGAUACCCCACCGCCCUUUUCAGAAGACUUCUGCCCUCCAUCUGUAUCCUGCUCUCGUCGACUCUCAGGUGUUGAUCUGGCCCACAGGCUGACCCGUCCUGCCUCCACUGGGCAGACCGAUCAGACAGGCAGUCCGCCAAUGGACACCUGUGACCUCAGUCCCAGUCUCGUGGCUCUGGAAGUCGACAGUGAAGAAGAAAGCACUGGGCCAAGGUCUCCACACCCGCUCUCAUCAGAUGCGGAGAAAAGCCGAAGACAAAAGGGAAACUUCCAUCUCUCUCCCGAUCUCGCUUGCACUCGUAGCCAGUCUGCAUCAGCAUAUGAACCCACUUCACAUGAAUCAGUUGACGAGGGACUCCGAUUGCGCUCCUAUUCCUACUCUUCCUCCAAAAUCAGUUUUCGUCCAGCUCGUUUUACCCGGGAAAACCACGCCUCAGACAUCAGCCCUGAUGCCGUGCUCCACAGUGUCAGCCACAGCCGAUCUCUCCUUCAGGCGCUCUCUCUGUCUAAAUCUCUGUCUUUGCUCCACCCUGGUAAGCCAAGAGCCUCCAGUAUAUCAGAUCAGUCACAUGAGAAAAGGGAGAUCAAGUUUCGUAAGCGUGCCCAGUCUGCUGAUGAUGAGGGCAGCAUGGAGCUGGCAGAGUCCCUUCAACAUCUCACCUUGUCUGAGUUUCUCAAAGAAAUUGAAGAGGAGGAGUUGGAUAAAUACAACAUCCCAACCAAGACGGAGUCGGAGAAAUACAAAGUCAUUCGAACAUUCAGUUUUCUCAAGAGCAGGAUGUCCAGUACACGUAACAAAAGCAAGGGGAAAGGGAAGGACAGAGAAGGCAAGGAUAGGCAGCCGAAUGGACAUCGGUUCGCGACAGGAUCCUGUUUAGGCCCCACGGUGUGUGUGGUGUGUGACAAACCAGCUUCUGGAAAGGACCUCCUGCAUUGCUCAAGUUGCACUGCAAUUGUCCACAAGAGCUGUAAGGAAUCUGUUCCCCCGUGUUUAAAGAAACAUCAGGAAAAAUAUGCCGUGUCCAUGGUGAAGAACAGGACAGCAUCCCUUCCCCAGAACUUCACAGUGAGAGAUAGUACUGCUCACUCAGUGAUCCCCAUUUCUACCUCUCUACCUGUCAUGACCCCUAAGGAGAAGAAGGACGCAGUGAUGCAAUCUCUGUCUCGGAGUUUCCCCAACGUGGAAAGCCGGCUCAUUGAGAGUUCAGAGACUGAGUCUGAUACCCUGAAGCUGAGCAGCCAAUCCGAAGAGCUCCUGCCAACUCCAGUGUCUUCCACCUCCACUGACUCAUCCUUUGGAGAGGAUUCCAUAGACUCAUAUAUCCACAGUGACAUAUCAGCUGAUUCAGUGGAAUAUGAAGCUGAAUCGUGGAGCCUGACGGUUGAGCACAAGUUCUGCAAGAAGCAAGACAAACGAGCUGUCAAGAGGCAGGAUGUAAUCUAUGAGCUGAUGCAGACCGAGCUUCAUCACCUCCAAACUCUGCACAUCAUGGCCGAGAUUUUCCGGCGAGGCAUGAAACAAGAAGUGCAGCUGGACACUGAAGCAGUGGAGCGAGUCUUCCCCUGUCUGGACCAGCUGCUCCUCUUUCACCACGCCUUCUUUGCCGCCAUGAAGGAACGGAGACACAGCUCGGCCCAGCCCCAGGGGCACAGGAACUACCUCAUCCAGAGAAUAGGAGACAUCUUGCUCCAACAGUUCUCAGAUGAGAAUGGAGAGCAAAUGAAGCAGGUAUACGGAGAAUUCUGCAGUCGUCAUAAUGAAGCGGUCAGCUUUUUCAAAGAGCUCCAGCAACAUAACAAAAGAUUUCAGAGCUUCAUCAGGCAACAAGUCAAUAAUUCUUUGGUGCGACGGAGGGAAAUCCCAGAGUGCAUCUUGCUGGUAACCCAAAGGAUUACAAAGUACCCAGUGCUGCUAGAGAGGAUCCUACAGUAUACUCAAGAGGAAACAGAGGAGCAUGCAGACCUUUCGAAAGCCCUGGUUCACAUUCGAGAGGUGAUAGCGGGCGUGGACCUGAGGGUCAGCGAAUAUGAACGGCACCAGAGGCUACAGGAAGUGAUUAAUCGCAUGGAGAAUCGCAGCGCAGCUAAGCUGAAGAGCGGACACACCUUCCGCAAGCAGGAUAUGAUGGGACCCGGACAAGUGCUCAAGCACCAGGGUGUGCUCCUGUGGAAGACCGCCACCGGGCGACUCAAAGACGUCCUGGCCCUGCUUCUCACUGACACACUCAUCUUCCUCCAAGAAAAAGACCAGAAGUACACAUUUGCCACUGUGGACCAGAAGCCUCCAGUGAUUGCGCUACAGAAGUUAAUAGUUCGGGAAGUAGCAAAUGAAGAGAGAGGAAUGUUUUUGAUCAGCGCCUCAGUUGCCGGACCAGAAAUGUACGAGGUCCACACAUCGUCCAAAGAGGAACGAAACACGUGGAUGAGGCUCAUUAGAGAGGCUGUAGAAAGCUGUCCGGAGGAAGAAGAGGAACACACAAGUGAAUCUGACGAGGAGAAGCGAGCAGCUGAGGCUCGUUUUCAGAAAAUCCAAAAGCUACAAGAGAGCCUGAUGAGCCAGGAUCAGCAGAUCUGCUCCAGUCUGGCGGAGAAGCUGCAGAUCUACGCACAGCUCUCUGUUCUGAGUGGGAGGACGGAGGCUUCGCUAGCUGAACCACGACUGCUGGUCCAGCCGCACUCAGAGGAGCCACCCCAGGCUGCUGUGCUGCUGGCCGCUGCUCUGCAAGAAGCUGAGAACCUGAAGACCAUUUUAUCAUCCAAGGCCUGCUCACCGUCGAGUCACAGCCAGAACUCUGACACAGACUCUGUGUUUCCUGUCAGCCCUGCUGUACCUGUCGAGCCUUCAGACUCUUCUGAGGCCUCAGCUGAAGACCUUCAGGCCAGUGAUGGGAGCUGGCCUGAGGCCUUUGUAUUUCAGUCCACAGCUGACUUUCAAAAAGACUAUAGAAGGGACACUGACUUGAAGGUGGCUCAAAGUGUCCAAAACUUGACUCAGUUGCUGUACAGCCUGCAGGCUGCAGUGACCAUCCAGGACAGCUGCUAUGAGGUCCAGAGGCUCCUACUCCGAGAGAAUGGCCGCCCUUCCCCACAUGCUCAACGGUUGCACCUUCCAAGCAUCCGGGGUAGCAACCUACAGGAUCAGGAGAAGCAGCGCAACCUGGAGAAGCAGAAGGAGGAGGUGGCGGUGGCCCAGCGGCUCCAUGAACGUCUGCGCCAGGAGAAGGAGCGCUGGGAACGAGAGAGCCAGGCUAGGGAGAGCCAGCAGGGGGAGCAGGAGAUUUGGUUGGAGCAAAGGGAGAAGCAGUGCCAGGUGGCGGCAGAAAGGCUGAGACGUGAGCGUGAAGCGCUGGAUGAACAGCUGGAGGAGUACCAGCAGAACCUGGAGCGGCUCAGGGAGGGCCAGAGGAGUGUGGAGAGGGAGCGUGAGCAUCUGGAUAACCAGCAGAAGCUGCUCCAGACGUGUAGGCAUGGGCCUCAGGACAGCCUUCCCACUGUGAUUCCUCACAUGGUCAUCCCACUCGAUGGGCAGCAGGACUCGGCACCAAGUCAGUCCGGAGACCACGCCGGUAACGGCUCUGUGUUUGUGAACGAGGCCGCAUUCGCUAGCGCCAGCAUCAACAACCGCCAUGUGCACCACAGAAAAAAUGACGCCAGCACACACAAUUGUCUGAACACCCUGCUGGCCCGAUCUAAUGGCAGACAGCCCCCUGGAGCUAAAACUCCCUGUAGCCAAGACUCAGACUCCCAGGGAUGGAUGAUGGGGACGGGAUACCUCUACAGCCCUGCGGGAAGGUUUGGGCUACAGCAUGCAACCAGUGAUCACAGCUACAAUGGGGAGACCUGGUCAUCAACAGCAAGUGGAAGUGACCCGUAUCCGCUGUGCCCACAUCCCAGUGACCCUCAGCUGGACCUAAGUGUGCUGGUUUCCUUGGAGACCGACAGCGGAGGGGAGGGGGAGGGCAGGGAGGAAACUAUUGUGUACCUCUGAAUGUUGAUACAUUUCAAACUCUAAAAAGCCACUCGGUGAAAGACAUUCAUGAAACAUCAUCAGUGCUGGAUUGGGCUGCCUUAAUAAAACAUUUCUGUUUUGUUUUUUUUUAACAUUCAUUUUUCAGCAUGCUUUUUUGUACCAUUGAAAGGUUAUUUUUUAUUUUUUAUAAAGAGUUACUGGCAACAUGGAGCGAGAAACAGACUGUCUUACUUGACGUGCACCUUAGCUCAAGACACCAUUGGAUGUUCAGUGAUUCUUUUUUUCUAGUUUCUUUGUCUGUGUGUGUGUGUGUGUGUGUGUGUGUGUGUAUAUGUGUGUAUGGGUGUGUGCGUGUGUCCAUAUAUUGACUGUCAAGUCCCCUGUAGCCCUUUUCCCUUUUCCCCUUCUCUGCAUUUUUUACUGUCUCUCCCUCGCUGCUUUUCUCGGGUCCCGCACGUCUCGCCCCUCAAGCGCUAUAUUUAUUAUUUUUCCCAUUGAGUGAGAAAAAUCAUAUACUCCAUAUCAGUGAGACAUCACCCUGGAUCUCUCAAGUGGGUGAUUGUCUUGCCUUGGAGUAAACUGUCCCUCUUUCAUUCAUCAGACAGGUGCUGUUUAUUUACUACCUGAGAGUAAUGCGAAGCACAGAUCAUUAGAAAUGAGCGAUGAGAUCCGACGACAUCAGUCCUGUGUUUUGCAGAUUUGCCAUCUGAUGCCAUCAUUUAGUUCCUUUUAUCUGAAGCAUGUUUUCCUUGUUAAAGAAAAAAAGUGAGCACAGAUACGGUUUUAGUGAGGAUGUUACAGCUGUGCUAAUGUGUCAGUUUUAUCAGGAAGUGGAAAUGAGAAAUGAGUUUUUAAGGACUUUUUUUAAGCAAUUUUUUUUGUAUGUAAAAACAUGCUUGCUCAAACCGUCUUCAGCCCUGAAGUCAAAAUUUAGCCCAGCCCUCGGGAUGGUCAAAUGGUCCGUCAGUCCACUGCUGGAAUAUCUGAAAAACUGUUGGAUAGAGUUCCAAAAUAUUUUCUAAAGACGUUUGUGAUCCACGGAGGAGAAAUUCUGUUUGACACUUGAGGUUUUGAGUGAAAUGUCUUGACAUGUAUUGGAUGGAUUGUCAUGACCCUUGGUACAAACAUCUCCUCAGGGUAAACUGUGAGAACUGUGGUGAUCCUUCAGCAUUUCAUCUAGUGUCAGGUUCCGGUCAAACAUUAAAAAGUGGCGAUAGACAACUUCUCUAAGAUCUCUUCCUCUAACUGGGGAGAACAACAACUCACUGAUGGCUCAGUCACACUAGAGUAAAAAUAGGACAGCAACCUCCUUGUGACUAGGAAAAAUUUAUGGUUGUCUGGUAAUUGCAUUGAUGGCAUUCAGAGACCAAUUGGAAGUAGUUGGGGUGACCAACUUGUGCAACACCCUCAACCUGUGGGAGGGAGGGUGUUGCAUUAGUCGCACCUGUCUCCACAUAGUCACAGAUUUGCACUGCAAUCACUCUCAGACAGAUUGGUGACAGUUUGCAAAUAAUUAGCAUUUAAAAAAUAAAGACACCGAUAGACUGCCAACACACUGCAAUCAGUCUGAGUUAGUCUAUGCCGAUGAGCAAAACACAUCAGUAGCAUGUCUCUUUUGCAAUUGGCACACAAACUGGUUGCCAACUGGCUGUAGCCUAGUUAUAUUCCUAUAUAAAAGCAAGGUUGCCGAGUUCCUCUGUCAUUUUGAGUUUAAUUGCCGUCCUGCAGCAAUUAUGUUACUAUUUGUGGAAUGAUUUCUGUAUUUCAGUUUCAAAUCUAUGGCUGUACUCUGAAUGUAAGAAAAUAAUGUGAAUUUCUGUGUAUGUAGACCGCAACAAAUUUGCAACUUGCAGAUUUGCAAUUUUUGCCAAUUUACAGUUGUAUUAUCACAAACACACUGCAUGUAAUUGCCAACUUGAACCCAUCGUGCUCCGACAGCAGACUGUCUCCGUCUUAUCGCCGUCUUGAAGACAUCAACUACCUGCGAGUGGGCACAGACCCGGUCCUCGUCUUUGAAGCGACCAUCUGAAAGACAAAUGAGAUCACAAAUUUAAUGCACAUGGUUGCAGUCAUUUUGGUUCUCCAUCCACAAUUUUCCCUAGAGUGACUAUCACAAUGGGGAAAGCGCUACCUGUUUUUUGGUUGUCCAGAUUUUGUACCAGUGACAGACAGAAUUGUGGAAAAGCUGUGGAAAGCCUUGGACCCUGCUAAACAUCAACAUGUUUGAGCAUUUAUUCACUGAAUGUUGCAUUUAGUCCCAAGUACUACAGCGCUUAAAGUUCAGCCUCAUGCAUGUGCGUGCAGAGAAAUGUUGUUUUAUCUUUCUUUAACUUGAUAAAAAGCUCCUUAAAGCCUCACAGGGUGGAAAAUGUCCUAAUAUAAAUAUUCUUGCAAGUGCCCGUAACAAUAAGAAGUUGCCUUAUUGAUGCUCCUGUGCUCUGUGCUGAACUAUUACACUCGAAUAUUCAGCUAGCAUUUACAUAUUGUUUCUCCUGAGCAUUUUUUUCUGUAAAGAAUGUGCCAAUGCUUUAGGUGUCUCCUGAUGUUUUUUUUUACAAACACUAUAACAUAUGAAUCAGUUUAAUUUCUAUCAUAGUGUAACAGGAUCACAAGGCAGUGGCAGUAUUUUGAUGUGAUUUAAGUACCAUGUAUAUAAAGUAUGUGCUUUUAUUUAUUUAUUACAAAAAUAUUUCAUCUUGUGCAUUGUGAAGGGUUCUGUUGCACAAAGAUGUGAACUGUGUGUAACCAGGUCUGUUUUCUUGUUUCGAGCUCAUGUGUUGU